AAAGUAGGCCUACACACUUCGACUGUUGAUUACUAAACUAAACAUCCCAGCAAAGAAGAGUCUAAAUGUAAUUACUUUAAAUAAGUCAUAUAUUCCUUUGUCUUCUCUAUAUGAGUUCCACAAGCAUUGGUUUCAUUAAUUUAUAAAGAUGUCUUUUUACAGACCAUUGUUAUCAACAUGAAAUUUUCCCUGAUGAUUAAUCUUUAAACAUUGGUGUUAUUGCAUUUUAAACUACGGUUAUGCCUGCGUAGCCACGCCAUGGCCCCUGUCAAAGCAAGCAUGCAACUCAGCAUUUUGCAUUGACCACUGCAUCACAGCAAUCCUUUGAAUAAGUGCAGCUACAGAACAGUCUGCUCUUCAAACAAUAGAAGAACCAUUGACAUCAUGCAUACACACAGUGAAAAGUCAGACACACAGGGCCCCUGCCCUUACCAUUUCAAGUGUAUUUGUUUCAGGGACAGAGCAUCUAAAGGAUUUUGCCACCAUCAACAAAAAAUGGCAACAGAGGUUGACUUUUUAGUUCUCGGUUGAGGGAGGUUCUCUAUGUCUAUUUCUCUUUUGCCUCUUAACAUCUCUCACUCCCUAUCCAUUCUCUCACUCCCUCUUUCUCCUAGAGGAUAAGCAAAGAGGGAUUUGCCUCAGAAGCAACUAGCGUGUGUCAGGAUGUACAGCUUUAUGGGCGGUGGCCUGUUCUGUGCCAUUGUGGGGAACAUCCUAAUAGUGGUCUCCACGGCAACAGACUAUUGGAUGCAGUACCGCCUCUCUGGCAGCUAUGCCCACCAGGGCCUGUGGAGGUACUGCAUGGCCAACAAGUGCUACAUGCAGACAGCAAGUAUAGCUUACUGGAAUGCCACGCGAGCAUUCAUGAUCCUAUCAGGAAUGGCAUGCUUUGCGGGCAUCAUGGCAGGGAUCCUCUCGUUUGCCCAUUUUUCUGCCUUUGAGAGGUUCAGUCGUUCAUUUGCUGCAGGCAUCAUGUUCUUCAUCUCCACCCUAUUCGUGCUGCUGGCUAUGGCGAUCUACACUGGCGUAACCCUAAGCUUCCUGGGCAAGCGUUUCGGAGACUGGCGCUUCUCCUGGUCCUACAUACUGGGCUGGGUGGCCAUGCUCAUGACCUUUUUUGCAGGGAUAUUCUACAUGUGUGCCCACAGAAUGUAUGAAUCAAGGAGGGUGGUUGGAAGUCGCUAACCUGCAGAAAAAAAACAGCAGACUGAAAACAUUUUUGGAUCAGAAAUCACCAGGAUCUUUACAUAUGAGGAAAUAUAAUACACAAUUUGUACAAUAUACCUUUAUGUCUUAACACACUAAACUGCAAAACUACAGUGUAAUAUCAAUACUUCAAUAGCCUAUAAGAACAGUAUUAAAAUACAUUUUACACAUGCACAUAUAUUUGUAUUAAUCAGCACAGAUAAAUAUGCCAGUUUGUUUAUUUCACUUUUCAUAAUUUUUCCAAUAAAAUUCCACAUCA